AUGACAGAACAACUACUCACACAAUCGCCCGUAGCCAAUCGUCAGCAAAAUAACAAUACCUACAAAGUUUCGGAAUCUGAUGUUUCAUCAUCAAUCCGAGGACCAUUUACUCUAGAUUAUAUUGAACAGCAGAAAACUAAGGAAUUAUUAAAAUAUUGUGUGGCUUUGAGGGAUUUUAGGUUGAGAGAUAAAUACAUACAACCCGAAGAGUUGCAGAAUUGGGAGAUUUGUAAAUGUCAGUUUAUGUUUAAGGAACAUAACAUGAUGGAAGUGUUGGUGAGUGAAUUGUAUAGAUUGAAGGGAUAUGACAGAACGAGUAAUGUUAUUGGUAGAAAUUCGAAUACUAGCUUGAAUGCAUUAUAUAAUGAAGUGAAUCAAGCACUUCAAGAUUUAAAGAUUGAGACUAUGAAAUUACAACCAGUUUAUGAGGAUUCCAAACAUAAACAUUUGAUGGAAAUGUGCAAUAAUAAUGAAAUAUCGACAUCAUUUUUCUCCAGAGAACAAACACCAGUGGAAUUAAUAUUUAUGGAAUUCUCCAAUCUUGCUGAGAGGAUUGUGGAGCUUAAUCAAACAAUUAUUGAGCCAAUUAUUAGAAAUAUUAGUAAAGCUAGUGGUAAUUACUAAAAUUAGAAAUUGUUCUGCAAAAGUUUCUUCUUUCAAUGUAACCUUAAAUAUAACCCAUGCUUCCAAUGAAUUGGUUCCGUACCACUUCAAUCUCUCAAUAAACAAAAACUUAUUAUU